UUCCACCCAUUCAAAGAUGUUUAAUUAAAAGGAAAUGAUUAGGACCCCUUGACUGUUUUAUUUCCAUUAACUGUCUUGUAUGACAAUAUCAAGCACCCCCUGCGGAGCGCUGAUAACGCGCGCGGGGUGAACGAUAACACAUCAGACAACUGCACCUAUUCACUCCUAUCGCGCGACAACCUCCGCCACGCGUGGAGUCCUGAGUGAAAACCGAUCUGUGGAAAAUUGGAGAGGAAAUAGUCUUCCCGGGAUCAGCGUGGCCGUAUAGAAUUACGGUGGAGGCCCCUCCCCCUGUCUGGCUCGCUCUUUUUUUCUCAACCUCUCGGUUGGCUUUCCGAGAGGGCUCGAUCCUACUCACGCUCAGAGCGCUGAGAAAUAGCAGGCAGAAGAUGGCUGACUCUACCGGGCACGGUGAGCCCACAGCAGCAGCAGCAUCAACUUCACCGGGGCUUCUCACGCGCCUGCCAUUCGCUGCCACUCCGCAACUCUGAAACGGCCCCGCCUCGCUCCGGGCCCCAAAUAUUGACAGAGAUUUAAAGAAAACAUGGCUGAGAUGGAGAAAGAGGGAAGACCUCCGGAAAACAAGAGGAGCAGAAAGCCAGCUCACCCCGUGAAGAGAGAAAUUAACGCAGAGAUGAAGGUCCCGUCCAAUCGGCCCCUCCCAGGGGCGGGGCAGGCAGGCAAUCUCCAUGGCAACUCGCCCUACUUGAUGAGUUUUGCCGAAAACACCAUGAAUGAGUUGCUUGGAUGGUACGGGUAUGACAAAGUGGAGUUACGAGACUCAGAUGACAUAGAGAUCCGCAACUACCCUGACGGAGAAAUGCGGCAACACGUCUCUGUCCUGAAAGAGAACUCUUUGCCAAAAGCAUCCACAGUGGAGAACAGUAGUGGUUCUCCUCCACACGCCAACAGCUCUGGCUCUACUCCGACAUCACGGAAUGGAGUGAUAGCCGAGGCGUCUGCAAACCCCUCCUCCUCUAAGGAGCACGGAGGCCUGCCAAUCAUAGUGCCCUUAAUCCCGCCCCCUCUGAUCAAAGCACCAGCAGAGGAGGACACCUCUAAUGUUCAGAUAAUGUGUGCGUGGUGUCAGAAGGUGGGAGUGAAGCGUUAUUCUCUCAGUAUGGGCUCUGAACUGAAGAGUUUCUGUAGUGAAAAAUGCUUCGCUGCCUGUCGACGUGCCUACUUCAAACGCAACAAGCUUGGAUAUGUGAGGAAUUGCAGUGCCAGAGAGGAGGAGGGCGUUCCACACCACAGCUUGUCCAAAGACACGCCCAGACUUGUCCUCAAGACAAACAGCGAUGUGCUUGUCUGCGAUUGGUGCAAACACAUCCGCCACACUAAGGAGUACCUGGAUUUUGGAGCUGGUGAAAGACGGCUCCAGUUCUGCAGUGCAAAGUGUCUGAACCAGUAUAAGAUGGACAUAUUCUAUAAAGAGACUCAGGCCGCACUGCCAGGGGGUUUAUGUAACCCUCCUCUCCCCACGAGUGAUACGAUAUCGGAGAGCACAGCGGGUGUACAACUCCUUACACCCGAGUCCUGGAGCGCACCUCUAAAUGAGCUCCGCAGUCGCAAGGCACCUUCACCAGGGGGUGCCACCACUGUAGCGGGACCUUCUGGAUCCACCUCGGGGUCGCCAUCUGAAACUGGAAAUGUUUGUUCAUCCUCGUCCUCAUCAUCCUCGUCCUCAUCAUCUACGAAAAUCCCCACACCGCGGCUGCAUGAAAGCCCUGCGUUAGCGCCACCUCCUCCUCCACCACCGAUAGCAGGUUUACAUCCAGCUCUGGGUGUGCCGCCUGGCAGCCCGCCGAUGGUGAUGACACCGCGUGGCCCAGUUCCUCUCCCUCUCUUUAUGGAGCACCAGAUGAUGCAGCAGAUCCGCCCUCCGUUCCUACGUCCCCCAGGCCCCAACAGCCCUCAUUCCAAUCCCAUGAUUCCUGGCAUUGGGCCACCACCUCCUCCUCGGACUUUGGGUCCUCCAUCAAGCCCUAUGUACCGCCCGCUCUUUUCCCCCCACAUGCACCCAUCCUCCAACCCAAACCUUCCUGGGAACCCUCCGGGUAUGAUGCCACAUCCCGGUGGCCACAUGCCAGGCUUGCCUUUCCCCCCAGUUAACAUGAUGCCAGCUGGACCCAUCCCAGUUCCACCCAUUAUGAAUAUUGGCAUACCUUCUUUAGCCCCCCUAGUGCCACCACCAACAUUAUUAGUGCCCUAUCCAGUGAUUGUGCCAUUACCGGUCCCCAUACCCAUUCCAGUGCCCAUACCCUUCAAUCCGCAGGCUUCUGGUGACCGACCAGGAAAUGAUGGAACACUUCUGAAUGCUGCAAGCGAGCGGAGUGCUUCAAAAGCACCACCAUCAUUUUCUCAAAGCACCUCCAGAGGGGAGGGGAGGGACUUUCAGCAAGCCCCUCCCACCUCAGAUACAUUUUCGCCAGGAUUUUCCAAACAGACGGAGCAGGGCAGGGCAAACGUGGCAGAGCUCAUGGUUAAAACAGAGAACUCUGGUAACGGAAGCUCUGGACACUCCCAGAAAGACACACCAGCAGAUGGAGUCAUUGAUUUAACAACAUGUCGCCGUUCCCGGCAACAGCUAGUUAUCCAGAGGGUUGUAACCUGUGUGCAGGUAAAAGCAGAACCCGGGUUAAGCCCACCACCUGCAGUUUUGGGUGAAACUGAGGUGGAUGGGUCAGCUGGUACUAGCACAGGUAAAAUAGAAGAUAACCACAGAGACAGUAAUGCUGAAAGUCCGUUGGCUAGCGUGGCUCUGCCUUGUGCCGACCCGUCCUACUGCAGUGGCACACCGCCACUUUCCCAUCCAAUCACAUGCAGUGACUUCUCUGUUCCUAGCAACACCACCACAGCUAAAUCGGAGCCUGGCUCUGCUACACCCUGCAAUGUGAUUGUUAAUGGGAGCUGUAAUGUGCCUCCAACAGAGAGUUCGAUCAGAACACCUCUGUUAGAGCAGCGCCCUCUAGUGGACCCCUGCCGCAGAACUGCCGCUGUGUGCGACGAGCCUGUGGGGGCUGAUCUAGAAGGAGAGGACCUGAAAGAGAACAGCUGCUUAGCAACAGAAAGAGACUCAGCAGGUAAGAGAAGCUCAAAUGACCAGUCUGCCAUUACCGCAGUAACAGGGGAGGACAAACCUCAGAGCCCUGAAGAUGCCCCAUCUGGUGAGGACCAUGCCUACGCCCUGCCCCUAAUGCCCAAACCUGGCUGUGUCAUUCAGCCCGUGCCCAAACCUGCUGACAAAACCGCUGCCAUUUUACCCUGUGGCUUGACAGCACCAUUAACAGGAACCGUUCCAAUGGAAAUGGAGCCUCCACUGAAGAGAAGGUGUCUGCGUAUCCGCAAUCAGAACAAGUGAAAUAGAGGACAGAAAUCACCAUCUCACCAAAGGGAUAAAGAGACCUGCACUGCAGCAGAGACCAUCAGCUGUCCACAGACUUAAUCCACAAUCCAGUCAAUCAAGAUGUCAACCUUGUUUUCUCCACUUUUCCAAACACGCACAUACACGUUGCGACAAUAUGCACACAGAUCAUCCGGAUUGGGCAGCAGUCUGCUCCGUCUCCACCCCUUUCGGCUAAACAAAGACUGACACAAAGUGUUAAUCUGGGAAGUAGAUCGGACGUGAUGUUUGACCUUCAACUGCGAUAUCUUCAGGCAAAGUCUGUUCUCAGUCUGCUAGUUGAUGGAAGAGAUAUUUCUCAUCCUCUCUACUCGACCUGUCCAUCCAUGGUUCAUCCAUUGAGAGGAGUUUCCCCUACUGUUUUUGAGGUGGCAUUACAGUGUACAUAUACAGAUUUCUAAAAAGGCGGAGCUUAAGUCAAACACAAUAGAUCUGUCAGGCUGCCAAUCAAACACGCUCAUGAAUAACUAUAAUUUGGAACAGGGCCAGUCAAAUCCUGCCACAGAUGGAUGGACCAGUUUUCUGCUUUGUGUGUGCAUUCAAAGAAGCUCGGUUUAAUCUGUCUGGAUACGUUUGGAUGCUUCUGAUUCAAUAGUUUCUGUCAGAAAGACUGAUACAGAUGCAGAGUUGCUCUAAAACUCUGAAUACUCUCUCCUCUCAAAUCUUUCUCCCCCUCACUUCCUCUGACUAUGUGUAUCAGUAUCUGCAACACCAGCAAAACACUCUGUACUCUUUCUUAACCUCUUUCCUUUCUCUCCUUUCUGAGGGAGAGGUGUUCUGGAACCGGACACCAAAAAAGACAGGAAGAGAGAAACGUACACACACUCUUUAGGGAGUACAAAAACAGAAGGAUGGAGUGAACUUUCAUUUCAUCCCUGGAAAGAAACUGGAAACUCAUCUAUCGUUGGAGAAGAGAACCAGAAGAUAAGUAGUCUGCAUUACUGGAGAGCAGUGUUUGUGGAUGGUUUGCUGGUUUAUAGUGCAAUUACAAUUCAUUCACUCAAUGAUUUGAUUGAGGAUUACAGGGUACAGGCCUCACCAAGCAUUUUGGCGAACUGUUGGCUGCUAGUUUUGCGGCCAUUGGCUUGGAGACUGUCCCAUCCAGUCUGUUCAGUCACAAGCACUCAUUGCCACAGUGCACGGCUCAGCGAAGAGUCGGUCUAACACUGCUGGUGGGUUGUGUACACAAUGUCCUGAUGUAUCAGAUGGCUUAGAUGGAAAUCAGUGUCCACAGGGGCAUUUGGGUUGGAUUUCUCAUUAUUUAUAUCAGUAUCCAUCUUAUUGCAGUGCUCUUAUUUAAGAAAAAUCCCUCCUGGGUUUGCUAUCAAGAGUACAAUCAAAACCAGGGGAGAGGUCAGUAAGCGUCUCGGGCAGCUGUGAGCUGGUGUCAAGGGUACAUUCUUGAGGGUUUUUUUAUGCUCUAGUUUUUCGCCAAAUCCCAAUCAGUGCUAAAUUAUGUUCAUCACUUCCUUUCCAGCUACGGUUACAUGAACAGUUUCAGUUAGUUCCAAGGUGCCUCAGUAUAGCAUUCACUUACACAAGAUGCCAAGAACAUUUAGCUUAAAGGUAGACUGGGUUGGUUAGGUGGACACCGAGCCAAAAUGAUUUUAGUUACACAGAGUACUGUAAGAGCUGAAUGCAUGGUUAGCACCUGGGUGCAUAGGUUAUUUGUUUUGACUGAAGUGGAGGAGUGAACCUUAAAGCCAAGCGUGUGCGUGUUUGUGUGUGUUUAAUUGGGAGGUGUAUCCGAUUUCUGGCCAAAAUGGAGUUCAGUUUGACAAAACAUUCAAGUUUGCCAAUUUAUUUUGGGAGAAGGUCUAAAAUUCAAGUCAAAAAUUUGUCAAGCAAUGUGUCGGACAUCACAAGGGGGAUGAAAAAAAAAAUACACAAAUCAAAAAUACACAUGAUUUGACAAUAUUGAUGAAUACAAAAGUUUCAGUCAUACAUGGAAAAAAGGAAAUAAAUGAAAUAUUUUAAUUUAAACAAUUUCAUUAGAACAGAAUUUCAGAUCAGAGAUUCUUUGCUUUACUUUUUUUUUUUUUCUUUCUUUUUUUCUUUACUUAAGUCACUUUGAUAUACUUUUUUAUUUUUGUUGUUUUUAUUUACUUUUUAAUUGUUUAUUUUUUGUUUUGUUUACCUGUUUAUUUAUUUAUUUAUUUUUGGUUACUUUUAUCCUUUUUUGUUUUGUUUUUCAUUUUCUUUUGUUUCUAUCUUUUGGUUUUCAUCUUUACUGUUGGUGUUUUUUUUCUCUGAUUACUCUCAUAUAAACUGAGUUUAACUGGCCAACACUGACCCAAAUCUCCCCUGCAACCUUUACCACUUCUCUCUCUCCCUCUUUUCCCCUCUUCUUUUUCUCUCUGCUCUUGGACAACGUACAAAGUAGAGUGCAAUCCUACCCUAUUCCUCUGUACUUUUUGUUGCAGGAUUCAGUUUCACAGUGGUAUAUUUUUUUAAGAGCAGGCUCAGAGGUCUAAUUGUGACUGGUUAGAGUAAGGACUGGAUUUCUCUCUGGGGUUUGUAUGUGGUGGAGUCUCAUUCCAGUGUCAGAUUUAAACCCACACACACACACACACAUUCCUGUGUCAGAUUUAUUUUGUCAGUGCUGAUUCGGUUGGCUGACCCUCCUUCUGGAUGGAGGUGUUACAGAGAGCAGAUUGAUAAAAAGCGCAAAAUAUCAGACAAGCAUAAACACACACACACACACCAAACACAUGGACUGAGUGUGUAUGUGUGUGUGUGUUUAUAGGAGAAACAGUGAAUCUCAGUGUUGAUCUGAGAAUCUUGAUACUGUGUGUGCGGCACAACCAAACGUACAUUACAUGUCUGGAUUGGUCACAAGGAGCCAGCAACAGCAUCAUAUGUCACUUUCAUUAUUGACUCAAAUUUCCUAGCUUUUUUCCUCUCUCUCCUCCUCCUCUUUCAUUCUCAGCCUUUUCACUUCUCCCCUCUUAUCCCACCUCAGAGAAAAAAAUAAACAAUUUAAUCGUUAGAUGAAUCUUAAAUAAGAACAUAAGACACACUGUAAGAUAUAAAGUCACAAUUAUAGGAAAUAUAGUUGCAAUUAUGAGAAAUAUUCUCACUGUGACAUAAUGUAGUUGACAAGACAAAGUUGCAAUUAUGAAAUAAAAUGUCUCAAUUGCAAGUCUGCUUUGUAAGAUAUACAGUAGCAAUUUUGCCAAAUCAAAGCAGAAACGGUGAAACAGUCACAGUAUGAGAUUUAAAUCUACAGUUGGGAGUCACAUUUCUUUUUUACUCUGAUAUCCAGAUGUUCUGUUAAAUUUGUCACUCUGACCUAUACACUUUUAUUCCCAUUUUCAAACUUACUUCCUCUAUAACAGUUUACUCUUAAGAGCAGCAGUAACAGCUUGUUUAUGUUGAUUAAAUGGGUGUUUGAAGGACAAUUUAAGGUCACGUCAUACUGAAAUCACUUCCUAUGGCUGCACACACCACCCAAACACCCAUUACACAUCUCACAGACAUGAAAUAUGAUUUUUUUUUUCACUUUCCUGUGUAUGUGUAUAUGUGUGUGUGUGCUUGUGUGACCUUGCUGUUGUAACCGGAGCAGCACAGACUGGGCUGGGACAGAUAUAGCCCUGAAACCCAACACUGUUGUAGUGUCUGCGGUCCCACGCAGACAAGACAAUGACACCAGCAAAAAAAAAUUGUGUGUCUGUGUGUGGGACAUAGCAGAUGAAGCUGUCCUUGACAACAACAGAGAGACACUGUGUAUGUAUGUGUACAUUGUAUGGGAGAGAUAGUCAUUGCACUUAUGGUAAACACUGUAAAACUGUGCGUCAGCUAUUAUUAAUGGCCACAAAACAAUAUAAUUUCUCUCAUGAAGUUCCAGUAAUCUUAAAAAAAAAACUCCUUUUUGAUUGCUGUUCAGUGCUUUCUAAAUGACAUGAUGGUGAUCCAGAGUUUCCAGAGUGCAAAAUAUCUAGUGUCUAUUAUGGGAUUGCCAGAUGUUCCUAAAAAAUAAAACUUUCCCAAAAACAAGGCCGAAAUAAGCAAUUUCUCUCACCAAAAUACAACACCGUUCAAAAGUCCGGGGUCAGCAAGACACAGCAAAAAAAAAAAAAAAAAAAAAACAGUAAAACCAUUAACAUUGGGAAAUAUUAUUACAUUUUAAAAUAGCAGUUUGUUUGAAUAUAUUUUAAAAUGUAAGUUAUUCCUGUGAAAAUGCCAUGAAUCGGCAAACUAUUACUCCAGUCUUCAGGUGUCACAUGAUCCUUCAGAAAUCAUUCUAAUAUUUGUAUUUGGUGCUUAGAAAUGAUUUCUUAUUGUGAGUGUUGGAAACAGUUGUGCUGCUAAUAUUUUUGUGGAUUCUUUGAUGAAUAGAAAGUUCAAAAGAACAGAAUUGGUACUGACACAUGAUAAAUUGAAUGCAUCCUUCUUGAGAUAAAAAAAAAAAUAUCUAACUGGCCUUAAACUUUUGAAAGGUAGUAUGAGUCAAAAAAAUAAGCUAUUUUCAUAUGAAAAACAACCAAAACAUGAGAGUUAAAUGUGGAAUCAUGUGCAAACAAUUGGGGAUAUUUAACAACUGCUAGUGGUCGGGUCACAUGUUCAUGCCAUUAGGGGCAAAUAAAUACAAGACUUAAUUUUGAAAAUAAUAAUCCCAAAACAAUGCAACCCUUACUAGAAACUUCAUAAAAAAGGAGAAAUGUUGCUUACAAUAAAAGGACAUGGCAACAUUAGUCCACUAGAGGGAAGCGAAGUGUGUUCUGUCAGCAAGCACAAAGAAGCACAGAUGAGAGAUGCAAGGAGUUAAAAUGAACUGAAAUAACAAACCAUAGAACUUGUGUUCAAUACUGUAAUCCUAGAGCAUUUCAAAGGAUCUACUAGAGAGGCGCCUGUUUCAGUGGCCAAACUGUCUCUCAGCCCCGAGGCUGGGUACAGAGAGAGCACUUGGCUUUUUCAUUCACCAAAAUUAGUCAUUCUGAAUGUUUGGAGGGCUUCUGUUUAAUCAGACAGGGGGAACAUGAGCACUGCUGUGGCCAAAGAUCAGCCACACGCACAGAAACAAGAUGGAGAUGCAGAAACCCAUCCAGCCCAACUCACAUACCAGCAAAACCAAUCAAUCAGUGCAUCCCUCAUCGAGCAGUGUUAUACAACUCAAACCAAACAACAAUCACAGCAACGUCAGCUCUACUGUAAUGAUGUCAAAUCAAGAGAACUGGAAAAAUGAGAGGCAGCUUAGAUGUGAGUUUUCAACAUCUAUAGUAUGUGACAAAGGGGUCAGUAAUAUCGCGACACUCUUGUAGCCAUGUAAGAAAUGUUUUUUUUGUUGUUGUUGUUUUUGUUCAUCAUUCCUGUGGGCGGUAUUAAGAGGAUGGCUUUGUCAACAGCCGGAAUUAUGCAACAACAAAUUCUUAUUUCUGCGCUCUGCGUGAGAGAUACUAUGCCUGUGUAAAAUAACAAGAGCAAACUGCAGUUUUUAAGGAUCUAAUGUUAAAAGUUUUUUGAGGCGAACAUUUGAGCUGCCUUAAUUAUUUGUGCUCUGUAAUUAACAAUGCCUGCUUGUUAAAAAAAAAAAAAGCAAAACCCACUUUGUAAAAAAAUAAAAUAAAAAAAACAAAAACACACACACACACACACACACACACAAAUAAUAAAAUCAACUUUGUUAUCUGGCUAGUAUGGAUGUAUAGAUGCUUUGUCUGUCCUGUAUGAAUCCGAGAUUUUGCUAAAUUUGCCCACCCUCACCUGUCACACUCCUUUCACCCGAAACCUUGUACAUUUAACCUUGUUGUUGUUUCUCAAUCUUUUUUGUGUACUUGGAGAACAUUUUAGUAUUAUUUAUUACUGGCAAGCCUUUGCAUUAAUAAAGAGCAAGAGAGAUGGUUCUUUGAACAGGGUAGCAAGAGGCAGCAAAGCUGCUCAGUGAAAGUAUGUCUGCUUUUCUUUUUUCUAAAUUAAAGAAGGAAACGGCAAGAUUAAAAAAAAAAGAUAAACUUGUCUUUUGAUUAUGAAGUUGUUAUAAAACUUGUUGCUUUAAAAUGUAUAAUUUUUGUGUUGUAACAGUAUUUGUUUAACCCAGUGAAUUGCUUAUUAAAAACAAAUAAAUAGAGGCACACUCCAA